AUGUGGAUACGUCAGGCUGCUGUCGCGUUGGCCAUUGUGGCCCUCUCCGAUGCCUCUCCGGCGUCGAUCAAGCAUGCCCUACACGAGAAGCGGGACCGGCCCUCCACCGACUGGGUGAAGGGUGCUCGGGUCGAGGCCGAUUCGGUGCUGCCAAUGCGCAUUGGCCUCAGCCAGAGCAAUCUGGAAAAGGGAUAUGACUAUCUCAUGGAGGUGUCACACCCCGAUUCGCCCAGUUACGGCCAGUACUGGUCCGCAGACGAGGUGCAUGAGGCCUUUUCGCCUUCACAAGACGCUGUUGACUCCGUUCGAGGCUGGCUCGUCGCGGCUGGGAUCCAUCCCUCGCGUAUCGUUCACUCGGACAAUAAAGGGUGGCUGGCAUUUGACGCGUACGCCCACGAAGCUGAGAAGCUUAUGAUGACCGAGUUCCAUGAGCACACUCAUUCGAGUACUGGCGGCAUGAGAGUUGGAUGUGACGAGUAUCAUGUCCCAGAGUAUCUUCAACACCAUGUUGAUUAUAUCACACCUGGUAUUAAACUCACCCCGGUGGUCAAGAAGAGUAAGAAGGUCAAACGCACUUCUCAUUUGGCACAUAGCACGCCAGACCGCCACGUUCUUCGCCUUCAUGAAGACCAAUCUAUUCCAGCCAAAGCCAAGUCUCUGCCCGAAGACCUCCGGGGCUGCGGUUUUAAUAUGACCCCAGUGUGUAUCAAGGCGCUGUAUAACAUUCCGGAUGCCACAAAGGCACGCAAGGGCAACUCUCUUGGCCUCUAUGAACAGGGUGACUACUUCGCCAAGUCGGACGUUGACUUGUUUUAUAAGCACUAUGCUCCAUGGGUCCCCCAGGGUACCUAUCCUACUCCAAACCUCAUCGACGGUGCCAAUUUCUCGGUGCCUGCGUACAGCUCACUGAAUACGGGUGAAUCGGACAUCGAUAUUGACAUGGUCUACUCGCUCAUUUACCCUCAAUCCGUGACUCUGUAUCAGGUGGACGACCAGUUGUAUGAACCCGUGGAGGUUGCAACUACCAACUUGUUCAAUACCUUUCUCGAUGCCCUCGAUGGUUCAUACUGCUCCUAUAGUGCUUAUGGCGAGACUGGCGAUGAUCCGGAAAUCGACCCCACGUUUCCUGACCCGCGCCCAGGAGGCUACAAAGGGAAGCUCCAGUGCGGUGUUUACAAGCCCACGAACGUCAUCAGCGCCUCGUAUGGACAGGCCGAGGCAGACCUUCCCAUGGGCUACACAAAGCGUCAAUGUAAUGAGUUCAUGAAACUCGGCCUUCAGGGCCAUUCCAUUCUCUUUGCCUCGGGCGACUAUGGCGUUGCCUCGGCGGCUGGUGAUGGUGGGUCCGAGAGCGGAUGUUUGGGUCCGGAUGGAUUGGUCUUCAAUCCGCAAUACCCAUCCAAUUGCCCUUACGUUACUUCAGUUGGUGGUACCAUGAUCUACGGCGAUCAGACAGUCGAGGAUGCUGAGAGUGUUAUGCACGUCAAUCUUGGCGGCACUGCCUCUAACUUCAGUACAGCUGGCGGAUUCUCAAACUACUUCCCCCAGCCCGAAUACCAAAGGAGGGCAGUGGAGAAGUAUUUCAAGACAGCUGACUUGACCUACCCCUACUACUCUGAGUUCGGAGUUGAUGUCAACACCACCAAGGGACGCUACAAUCGUAUUGGUCGGGCAUACCCUGAUGUCUCUGCCAACGGUGCCCAAUACCGCGCGUACAUGGGUGGCGAGCUCUACCACUUUUACGGGUCGAGUUUGGCCUCGCCUCUGUUUGCAUCGGUUCUCAAUAUGAUCAACGAAGAGCGUUUGGAGAUGGGCAAAAGGCCAGUGGGCUUUGUGAAUCCAGUCCUUUAUGAGAACCCGGAAAUACUGCAUGAUAUUGUGAACGGCACUAAUGCUGGAUGUGGUACCUAUGGAUUCAGUGCUAUUCCUGGCUGGGAUCCGGCCUCCGGUUUGGGAACGCCAAACUACCCGAAGAUGAAGGAGCUGUUCCUGCGCUUACCCUGA